UCCUCCGUUCGCCUGCUUCCGUUGAGCGGUUCGCGCGUUCGGAUGCUCGCUCCUCAGUCAAAUGACCCUCGCCCAAUCAGCGCAAAGGAAACUGACGCCAGUUUUUUAGACCAAUGAGCAUCCAAAUAUUUAUACAUAUAUUGCGCAGCCAAUCAGAGAUCGUUAGCGUACGCGCGCCGGUGGCGACAUUAUUUUGGAGGCGGUGCGUUUCGCUUUAGAGCCGGCGGCUGGCGAUUCGCUUUACAGCCUGCGGCUGGUAAAGUUUCGAAAUGUGGUGAGUGCAGCAGGGACGCAAGGAAACCGUCUAUGCCGGUACCGCUUUGGAUGAUUUUUAGUGUCCUUCCCUAACAGGUUGUCGAUACCAACUCUGAAAAACUCGGUGCAUGAUGGAUACUUCUGCAAGUCAAUUCAAUGAUAGAUAAGUGGAAGACAGACAGGUGUGCCUCACUUGCUUGGUGCGACAACGAUUCAAGAAGGACCAAUACUGCGUUUUUCCACUACCCACUCUAUGACAGGUAUAAGCACUCAACUCAUAUCUGCUUCAGAAAAAGCAUCUGCAAGGAUACAGUAGAAUGGAUAAGUGGUUGGAGCAUCAUCUUUCGGUAUAGCAGCUGCGCAAGCUCCUUUGUGACGAGUCAACCAGACGCCUACACAAGCAGGAAAGGAAUAUGGAUAUGAUCUCUGUCAUGCCUGAUCUCUGAAUGUAUGUACCUGUGCAGCCAAUAUGCUGUGAAAUCUCCCAAGUGAGAUAUCAGGUAUCGCAUGGCGCACGGAGUGUUGGUUUCCAGUGAACCGUGCAGUGAAUUGUGAUGCAGUGAACGUUAACAACGAAUGACUCAUUAACACUGGACGGGAUUCAUCAAAUAGGGGGUGCAACGUAGAAGCCGACACCUUCUUGGUCUUGGCUGAGGCGAAGGAGAGGCCAGCCCACGUCCUACGCGACAUGGAGACCCUGUGCUCUUGUGCGCGGUACCGCACACGACAUGCUGCCCACAACCUACGGGACAUUCACCUACUGUAUGAAAACUCAGCUGUCGGGGCUGCUGUUUGCAGACUGGCACAGUCUCUUCCGCCCCCUCCGUCGCGCCUGCUAUACGCUCCACCUUUUUGAACCCUCGUGCUUCCUCCGACGAACCUGCAUAUUCCCAACAUGUCCCGCAAAAACGACACUCCUGUCCUCGCCGCGCCAGCUUGCUCUUGACCAUUUGAACUCGGUCCACGUUCAGCGUAAAGCAAUUUUCACGGAUGGCUCGGCUGUGUAUGGCGUGUCGUCUGCAGCUUUCUUCAUGCCUCACAGCGACACUGCGCAGGCUUUCAAGCUGCCGCAUGAAACUUAAUCCACUGACUCGGGACUGACAGCCAUCUAUGAAGCGCUCAACGCCAUAUCCGAUUCACAGGCCGACUCGUGGUCCAUCUUCACGGACAGCAAGUCAGCAUUGGAGACCUUGGCAUCGUACCGGUGCAGUGCUAUUUGCGAUCUCCGCACGCUUGUAAUGGCCAGAUACAACGAGCUCCUGGCUUCCGGCCACAGCGUACGGCUAGGCUACCGAGUGCUUUCCCUCGCGGUGCUACUUGGCCCUAUGCAGCACGCUGAAGUCACGUCUGCGAUGACACGAUUCCUUCGGGAAACUGAACUCCUGGGCAUUCUCUGAUGCGUCCUAUGCGCAACGAUUAGUGACGGAGCUGUUUCUUCUGAAUUUUUUCGUAAUUUUCCCAGCUGUUUGUGUUUUCUUUUGUUUGCUUGAAAGCUCUAGGGGAUAGCAAGCCCACACCGUGGCUAACCUUUCCAUUCUCUGUUUUACUUUGGAAUAAACAUAUCCCCCCCCCCCCCCGACCAAGUUAGUAAAUGUGAAAUCUUACUUGGUAUACAGUCCAAUCCUAGUCAUCCAUUGGUAAUUACCUCUAUCACCACGAGGUCAUAAUGGUGAACUAUUCAGAUAUCGCCCGGAGCGUCCUACUGCACACUCAGAUGCAACACAAAGGACGAGGGUUGACGACGAAAACGAGCGAUAAGACAGGACAAUAUUGAUACGGUGACUAGGCGACCGAUUGCAAUAUAUACGGUUUCGUGUUUGUUCUGUGUCCGCUGAGGGUCGAGCUCCGAACUGAGCGUUACGGGUUCUCCUCAUACGGAAGAAGCUAAACGAUGUGAUCAUGCGCGCAUCCGAGGGGGUGGGGGGGUGGACCUAUGUGCAGACCACCCCUCAGUUUCAGUCAUCACAUAGCGCUCAACUGACCGUGUACAGUGUAUGUAGCGUGCUUUGCGAGAUUGGGCUAUAAGUAACAUUAACAAGUGCGUAUGCCGUUUGCAGAUAGGGGGUGCAACGUAGAAGCCGACACCUUCUUGGUCUUGGCUGAGGCGAAGGAGAGGCCAGCCCACGUCCUACGCGACAUGGAGACCCUGUGCUCUUGUGCGCGGUACCGCACACGACAUGCUGCCCACAACCUACGGGACAUUCACCUACUGUAUGAAAACUCAGCUGUCGGGGCUGCUGUUUGCAGACUGGCACAGUCUCUUCCGCCCCCUCCGUCGCGCCUGCUAUACGCUCCACCUUUUUGGACCCUCGUGCUUCCUCCGACGAACCUGCAUAUUCCCAACAUGUCCCACAAAAACGACACUCCUGUCCUCGCCGCGCCAGCUUGCUCUUGACCAUUUGAACUCGGUCCACGGUCAGCGUAAAGCAAUUUUCACGGAUGGCUCGGUUGUGUAUGGUGCGUCGUCUGCAGCUUUCUACAUGUCUCACAGCGACACUGCGCAGGCUUUCAAGCUGCCGCAUGAAACUUCAUCCACUGAAGCGGAACUAACAGCCAUUUAUGAAGCGCUCAACGCCAUAUGCGGUUCACAGGCCGACUCGUGGUCCAUCUUCACGGACAGCAAGUCAGCAUUGGAGACUUUGGCAUCGUACUGGUGCAGUGCUCUUUGGGAUCUCCGCACGCUUGUAAUCGCCAGAUACAACGAGCUCCUGGCUUCCGGCCACAGCGUACGGCUCCAGUGGGUACCCAGUCACGUCGCGCUGCCCCGUGCCGACAUUGCUGCGAAACGUGCCCAUACCACGGCUGCCUUGAGACUCAGCAUCCUGCUUUCAAUGUCAGCCUGCCUGCUCCAAAUACAUCGCUUGCGCUCUCGCUGUGUCCAAGAUUUCAUAGAACGUGCCAUCUCGCCCAAUACAUUUCUGCACUCCAUCGACCCAAAAAUGCAAUGCGUCCCUACCCCAAACGUCACGAGGAGGAAGGCGUCUGUUAUCCACCGUGUGCGGUUAAGCGUGGCUCGAACGCCAACACGGCUCUUCCAACUCAACACGCUUGACACCCCUACAUGUGCAGCCUGCUCUACCGAGGGCAACACUUCCCACCUACUCCUCCACUGUCGCCUGUUCGCCGCUCCCCGUGCCACCCUGAUGGAACGGCUAGCUGCCCUAGGGCUGAGGGAGGUCUCUCUGGCAACGCUACUGGGCCCUCUGCAACGCCCCUUUCAGUGGCGCGUCGGAAGGGAACUCGUACGCUUCCUUACUGACACAGGGCUCGCGCUGAUCCUGUGACUGCACCUCUCUUUUUUCGCUCUUUUCGUUUUGUCUUUCUUUUUCUUCUUUUUAUUUUUCCUUUUUUGUAAGCGGGAAUAGCAAGUCGGCUUCUGGAGCCAGGCUAACCUUUCCCCUCUUUCUUUGUUUUUUUUUUGCUUGCAAUAAACCUAUAUUCCCCGCACACAUUGUUGAAACUGAGCUUCACCACACGCUCCCAGCCAACCACCAUUACGAAUGAUGCCACCCUGAGUCGCCCCCUCCAUUGCCAACAAAUCAUUGCACAGAAUGAGAUAAUCCCACGGGAAUCCCAUGAGAUAAUCCCAACAGAAGUGUCCAUCGGAAGAGAAGAUGACCAUAAGACCAUCGGAAGAUAAGAUGCACUCGUGUAGGGACGCUGCUGACUAUAUCUUGCAGAUAAAGCUUUUAUAAACAUAGAGCAGGUAAGGCAAGCACGCACUCGGAUAACAAUGAACGAUAAAAAA